GGAGAUAUGGUUGGGUUGGUGGUUUUCAAUGCCUAUCGACCUUGAGCACUAGAUUGACCUUAAAAUGAAAGAGUGAACUAGAACUAUACUAAAAAAAUAGAAUGCCGAGACUCGUAUGGUCAUCCCAUGCGAGUCUCCGCAACACUAGUUAGGCCAAUGUCUAAUGUGAAGGCACUGGUCCGCUAGUUUGGUCACCGUAGUCAGGGACUUGAAAUUGUGGGAUAAAACAGAGGGUUCUAUUCCUUGGAACAGACCGGUGACUGAGGGUGGUAUAUAUAGGAGGAAUACACAGAAACAAACGGCACAAACAUACAAAACCAGAGUGAAGUGUUCACCGGUGUCCGUGCAAUAUGUCGACACCAACGAACGCGUAAUAAUUGGAAAGCUUAUAGAAAUAGAAAUUACAAAAGAGGAUAAGGAUUCAGAAAAGCCAAUCACCAGUUCACCACCAAUUAAAGCUUUUAAAAAGAAGUGAUGAUAAAUCUGAAACCCGAACGAGUCGUCUGGUGGGGAAGAGCACUUGUCACCUCCAACACACUGGAAACCCCUAGUAAUAAAAUCCCCAUGUGGCGCCGUGGUAACGCCCACUAGAAAGAACGUACCCAUGAGAAGCCAGAACCCCGUACAAGAUAACAUGACUCACCCUCCUCCACUGUUUUAAAUUCUUCGAGUUCGAUCCCCACAAGUGCCUGGAUAAAAGGGUCUCUUUAAGUCUUGAGAGCUAGAUCAAGUAUUUCAAGUCUGGUCUUGUGGUGAACAAAAAUCAGAGUAAGUAAGAAAGAUGAUACUGGUGGCGAUUGUGGCGGAGAUGAUGGAGGAGUACACGGCGCUGCUGGCCAGGAUUCUUGAGCACAUGUUUCAUGCUGCACCUUUUCCCUGGAGGGUUCGGUUUCUCAUUCUCAGAAACCUUCCUUUUGUGUCCACGUAUCCUCUUCCACUUCCUCCUCCUCCUCCUCCUUUGCUUGGAGCUACUGCUGCUGCUUAAGGAAACUUGAAGAACAGGGGCUUGCUGACAUUCUUUGUAGUAGGAUGUAAGGGUUCUUGGGUCAAAUUAGUUCUCUUUGUCAGAAUUUAUUAGGGGGGAGUUUUGGAUUUCAUGUACAUAUUUUGAGCUUGUAAUUUCUUUGCAUGGAAAUCUAGCAUAUUUUGAUUGCUCCUGAGCAACGCAUGAUGAUCUAUCUGUGUAUUGUAACAAAUUAAAGAUUCCAACUUGGCAUAACUAUAAAUUGUAGAUAU